AUGAGCCAGAAGCUGCGCGACCUGAUCCGCGGCGUGCGCGCCUGCAAGACGGCGGCCGAGGAGCGCGCCGUCAUCGCCAAGGAGAGCGCGCUCAUCCGCACGGCCUUCAAGGACCAGGAGAAGCAGUACCGCCACCGCAACGUGGCCAAGCUGCUCUUCAUCCACAUGCUCGGCUACCCGUCGCACUUCGGCCAGAUGGAGUGCGUCAAGCUCAUCGCCAGCCCCUACUUCGCCGAGAAGCGCAUGGGCUACCUGGGCCUCAUCCUGCUGCUCACGGACCAGGAGGACGUGCUCACGCUCGUCACCAACUCGGUCAAGAAUGACCUGAACAACCAGAACCACUUCAUCGUGGCGCUGUCGCUCACGUGUGUGGGCAACGUUGCGUCGGCGGAUAUGGCGCGCGACCUGGUGAUGGAUGUGGACCGUCACCUGCGCAGUGACAACGACCAUCUGCGCAAGAAGGCGGCGCUGGCUGCUAUCCGCGUGUUCACGAAGGUGCCGGAUCUGGUGGAGGACUUCACUGAGUCCAUCCUGGGACUGCUUCGCUCCAAGCACCACGGCGUGCUGCUGGCGGGCGUGCAGCUGAUUACGGAAGUGGUGCUACUGGAUGUGGAGAACCUGAAGCGAUUCAGCAGCCUUGUGCCGAAGCUCGUGCGUCAGCUGCGCAACUUGCUGUCGAUGGGCUACUCGAGCGAGUACGACGUCAGCGGCAUCGCUGAUCCCUUCUUGCAGGUCGCAAUUUUGAGGCUGCUGCGUCUCUUGGGCAAGGACAACGAGGAAGCCAGUGAGGCGAUGAACGAUGUGCUGGCGCAGGUGGCUACGAACACGGAGACGGCCAAGACUGCUGGCAACGCCAUCCUCUACGAAUGCGUGCAGACCAUUAUGACGAUUGAGAGUGACAGCGGGCUUCGCGUGUUGGCUAUCAACAUCCUGGGACGCUUCCUGCUGAACCGUGACAACAACAUCCGCUACGUCGCGCUGAAUACGCUUUCCAAGGUUGUGACGGACGACCUCGCGGCAGUGCAGCGCCACACCAACACUAUUGUGGACUGCCUGAAGGACCCAGACACGUCCAUUCGUCAACGCGCGCUCGAGCUCAUCUACUCGCUUGUAAACUCUUCCAACAUUCAAUCGCUCGCGCGUGAGAUGCUGAACUACCUCGUGAUUGCUCCGAACGAGCAAAAAGCCGAGCUGUGCUCACGCAUUGCUGAUGCGGUUGACCGCUACGCACCGUCAAGCCGGUGGCAUAUUGAUACGCUAAUUACAAUGCUAUCCAUUGCUGGUUCGACGUUGCCCGACGAACGGAUAUGCAGCUCGCUCAUCACGCUUAUCCAGCGUAACACCGACUUGCACGCAUACGUGGUUCACAAGCUCUUCUGGGCGCUGCACGACGAUGUGUCCCAGUUGUCUCUUGUUCACGUUGGUAUCUGGUGUGUCGGCGAGUAUAGCAAGCUCUUGCUGCUGGAUGCGCCUGCGUCUGAGGAGACCCUGAACGACAAGAGCCGAGUCGAUGAGAGCAGUGUUGUGGAGCUCUUCAAGACUAUUCUGCGCCACCAUGGAUCCACGGACAUCACGCGCGCGUACUCCCUGAACGCUAUGGUGAAGCUUACGACUCGCUUUAGCUCGCCGGCUGAGAUCGCUAAGCUGAACGCGAUGAUUUCUUCCUUCAACACAUCCAUGGUACUGGAACUUCAGCAGCGUGCUACCGAGUAUACAACCCUUGGCCAGCCGCAGUGGUCGUCCCUGCGCAAUGACGUUCUCGCUGGUAUGCCCGCUAUCGAUGCAUCGAAGGUGCGCAGUCGCAAUGAGAACCUCGCGUCCUCGGCUGUGGGCUCGGCUGACCUUCUUGGAGACGACGAUGCUGGUGCGAGCUCGAGCAGUGGAACUGCAGCUGCUGCCCCGAAGCCUGUGCAGGCUGCUCAGUCGAGUGCUGGUGCCAGUCUGCUAGACCUGGACGACAUCUUUGGUGGUGGUACAUCGACUUCAAGCGCUGGUACGGCUAUGUCAGCCUCAUCAUCUGCUCCUGCCGCACCCCCUGCGGUUGACUUGCUCGCGGAUAUCUUCUCGAGCGGCCCGGCGGCGCCGGCACCGGCAACUGCUUCCUUCGGCUCAAGCAACGGUGGUGCGCCAGCACCGGGAGCUAACGACUUGCUUGGAUUGAUGGAUUUUGGCGCUCCUGCUCCUGCCCCGGCGCCUCCGGUAGCAAACCCUCCGCUGCGCGCUUACGAGAAAAACGGUCUGACUGUGGACCUGGAGAUCACGAAGCCCAACCCCGAUGACAAAUCUGUGACGUACAUUACCGCGACUACGCGUAACUCGACGGCGAUGUCGAUCGACAAGUUCGUGUUCCUGGCUGCGUUCCCCAAGUACAUCAAGUUGAAAAUGGAACCCCCGACCGGCGACGUGGUGCCGCCGAACAACAGCGGCGUGGUCACACAGGUUGUCAAGAUCCAGAACAGUAUGCAGGGCGAGAAACCCGUGCUCAUGCGAAUCAAGCUCGAGUUCUUCGUGAAUGGCAGCAAGGUGGAGGAUAUGGCGACCGUGAACAACUUCCCGUCCAACAUUUAA